AUGCUGAGACGAAGAACCAGUGGAUUGAUUGAUGACGACAAUGACUCGAACAGCAGUAAUAGCGCUGAUAUAGACGAGAACAUUCAAGCAUCUCAUCCACCAGAUGAUGAUUCUUCUUUCAAAGAAGGAGGCAUCCUCAAACUUCCUCUCUUUGCACAAUUUUCACAACAACGACGGCAAGAUCGUCAGCUGUUGGAUAUCAACAAGAUCUUGCGUCACUUGGUGCAAGGUAAACUUUGGUGGGCCAAAUGUUUUAGUAUCUUUGUGGCUGCCACUUUGACGUAUACCUACAAGAAUGCUACUGCUGCUACUACUAGUACUACUACUCCUACUAAUACGACCAAUGUUCAGAUUGCCAUCAUGACGGUCAUCACGCUAGUGGCAGCAUCCCCAUUGUCAUCCACGCAAGUCAUUCCAGUGGCAAUUGGAGCCUUUGUCGGUGGACAAAAUAUCAUUGGAUCCACUGGGCCGUUCUUUCAAGAGAAUAAUACACAAAUACGUCCAAUCAACUACGCCUGGCUCCUAUUGUUAAGUAUUGUCGUUGGCUUGUGUUUUGUGGUAUUUGUGGAACGAAAGAUUUUGGAUGGUUACGCAGGACGCUUGGGAACGACCACAUUUCUCGGUAUGAAUAUAGUCAUGGUUUCCAUUUAUGGUCCACUGGGUGUUGUGGAUUGGGACCGCUAUUACUAUGGGUUCAGUCACAUCAUCCACGUGGCAGAAGAGGAUUCUACCUUGGACUGGGCGGAAGCUUGGUCUUGGACUGAAGAGGUCGAACUAGCAAUUGGAUAUGUCUGGGCCGUGAUAUGGCUUGGAUGGAUCUCGGGAGUCACUCGCAUUCUCCAUCAAGAAUACAUGCAGAAGUGGGACAGCAGUCAUGAAGUCAAUGUUGGUGUUCCAUUAGCAUCACCAUCACCAUCAUCAUCACCACGUCCCGUACCACUGAAUAAUGUGACGGUACCAGUAUUAUGGGCGUUGCUAAGUAUGUUGAUCAUCAAUGCCACCGAGUACAAACAUGCCAGUGGUUUGUACAAUGGAUUUGCGGUCGGAAGCUACGUUGGAAUGGCGUCGUUGCAAAAGAUUUCCUCCAUUUCGAGAUUCGCCUUUGUAUCCCUGCUUGCGUCACUUUGGGGAUUGGCGCUGACUCCAGUGUUUGUCGGAUUUGCGGGCAAGUCAGGGUUUACCGCCAUGCUGGGUCAUGCUACCUACGCCAUGAUGGAUACGGCGGUGGAAGGACUCCGAGGAUACCAAUCGGCCCAACAGCUAUUUGAAGGGGCCAUCGAAGAAGCAGAGGAAAACACUGCACAGAGACUUCAGCGCCAAGAAUCAGUGGGUUUGACAGCAGAAGACAAUAAGGAUUCAGAUCAAGAAGAAGAUGAUGCACAAGGCGAUGACGAUCCAUUGUUUCUAAAUCCCGACCUAAACAUCAGUCGAAAAUACAUCAAACCCAAAGAACCAUUUCUCACCAAACAACAACGCCGCCAGCAGCAAAGAUUGAAGCAUCUCCAACAGCAGCAGGGUAAAACUGAAAGUAGGAUGAAUAAUGAGACCUCCCAUAAUGGUAAUGGUCCGAAACUCCAUCACCGAGCAUGGACUACAGCACCGGGAGAGGAACCGUGGCAGCACCCGAUGGAAGACCCAGAUCAACCAAAUAACAACACGGGCCAACACAAUGUAGUAUAG